AUGUCGACGUGCGCAAUCUGCCUUGAUGCUCUCAAAUCGCCAACUGCAUUUCCUUGCGGUCAUGUAUUCUGUUUUACAUGCAUUGAAAGCACGGUGCACAAGCAUAGCCCACUGGCAUGCACGCAGUGCCCGACAUGCCGCACCUCAUUUCCCCUAGUCACCGUCAACCCGGCGCUCCUCCCAUUGCAUCUCCGCCCGUUCUUCCAACCACCAUUUAGGCGAUUAUACCUCGACUCGCACACCGUCCCUCCGAAGAUGAGUCGCACAUCGCCACCCAGCAGUCCUCAAGCAAUGCAUGUCCCGGCUUCGCCACCGGCGCCGAUUCCCGUCCGCACUUGCGAAGGCGCGGUCGAGAUCGCUCGCCUUCGGGCGGAGCUUGAGGCCGUACGAGCCCAAGGAUCGAUGUGGCAACGGCGCGCCGAGCUUCUCGCCGGUGUUGUCGGACAUGCAGUUCGCGAGAGCGUGCGCACCGAAGUCGCAAGACUGAGGCGAGAGGGCGAGUCCGUACGCAGCGAUGAGCUGAGGAGAAGGAUGCAGGCGCUUGAGGCCGCCGAGCCUAGCCUAACGAUGUCCAAACACCAAUCUACACCGAGCUCGCCGAUGACUAUCCGGACGCCACCAGAUAGCAGGAAGCACGCUCGCGAUUCAGACGAUGAGAGUGAGCCGGAGACAAAAAGGGUCCGGCGCUCAAUGGAGAUGGACACCUCGUCCGAGCCUGAGUCGCGCGAAAAUACCCCGCUCGUACCGCCGCCUACGGACGCCGAGCUUGCUGCUGCGACCAGUCUGCGCAUGUUGUCUGUCAGCUCUCCGACUGCGAGUUCCGCAGCCAGCCCGCCACCAGAGACUGCAAACACGAAUAUCCCCGCCAGUGCGGCUACUGCUGUUGGAGCUUGA